AUGGCUUCGAUCCGCAAGCGCGAUGGUGGCAGCAUGUGGCAAGAGAGCUUGCUCGACCGCAAUGCUGAGGUGAAGACGCCGGCAGAAAGUUGCGAUGCAGUGGGCGUGGGGAUAUCGCUAUCGCGCCAGAGCUCUUGGUUGGAUUGUUAUCCUCAGAUCUCUCGAGUGUUUUCAGGAGGGUCAGCACAGAUGGAUGGAAGAAUCAGGCAAGGAGAUUGGCUGAUCAGAGUCGAUGGACGCGAUGUGAAAUACCUGCCGCUUAACCACAUCAAAGAAGCAAUCCUAGGGAGAAGUGGGACCAGCGUGCAACUGGAGCUGGAGAGCGAUGGAACCAAGUUUAUUGUUCAACUUACAAGGCGACAAAACAAUGAUCGGACAGAACACAAACUGAAUGUAUCUUACUUGGAAGCCACACAUAUGAACGACUUGUUUGAGGUGGAAAAGAAGCAACUCAAAUUUACUCAAGAUGAAUUACAAGGAUCUCUGAAGAACUUACUCGAGAAGAAUAUCCGAUUAGAAUCUGAAUGUAAGGAUGUCAAAGAACGUUUAGCAGCACUUCAAUUUGAAAACACGGCUCUGGACAAUCAAAAUGAAGAAUCACAGCAAGAACUCAUUGUUGCAAGACAGAAAUUGAUUCAUUCCAAUAUGCAACUGGAAGCUGUCAACAAUGCGUUGGCAACAGCAGAAUCAGAGAAAAAGAAGCUUGAAGAGGAAAUACAGACUGUGCAGACUCGUUGCAUGGAUUUGGAAAGACAAUUGGAAGGCUACCGGCAAGCCAAUGAAAGAAAUGAAAGUUUGGUAGGAUGCGCGCUUCUCCUGCUGGUUCUUACUGUUGCUCCAGUUUGA